CAAAAAUCGGCAUCCAGAAACCAUAUAUAUAUAUAUUGCUGUUGCAAAAAUCAUAUCUCAACGGCGCAGGAAGCAGCUCAGAGCGCGAUGUGCGGCAUAUUCUUCUCCUUGAGCGCAAGGGAAUACGUACCGCCUGACGAGGAAACGACUCAGCUCCUGCAAAAUAGAGGUCCCGAUAGUUUUAAGAGGCACACUAUUCACUUACACCGUCCGAAGGAAGCUGGGCAGGACUUCGAAGACGUUCCUACAUCCCUCUACCUAACUUAUAUUUCAACAGUACUGGCUCUUCGGGGGGAUCAUCUCCAGGUUCAACCCCUUGUAGACUCCGCCAGCCGGUCGGUCUUAUGCUGGAACGGGGAGGCUUGGAAAAUCCAUAACAAUCCAGUUCAGGGGAAUGAUGCACAGUUUGUUUUUCAAUUGCUGUUAAAGGCCAUACAGCCAUCCAAAUAUCCAGAUGGCUUACUGCCGUCUCAAACCGCGGAGAGUCAAUGUUUAAUUAAGGUAACUCACACCGUGGGUGCCAUUUCAGGUCCAUUUUCGUUUGUAUUCUACGACGGAUAUCACCAGAGGAUCUUCUAUGGAAGAGAUCGUCUAGGAAGACGGGCACUACUGAGUGGAUGGGACAGUUCCGGAAGUUUCAAAAUUGCUAGUAUUUGUGAUGGGACCUCGUCCAAACAUUUCGAAGAAGUCGAAGCUGAUGGCAUUCAUAUGAUCGACCUUGCUGCCCUUUUCCAAACUACUGGCUGUAACGAAACCCCAUCCGAUGCAUUGCGUUCAAUAUUCACCAUAAAAACUUUGAAUUGGAGAAACGAAAUAACUCCCGAUUCAGAAGGGGAUUUUAUUGUAUACCAUUUACCUCACAUGAACAAAUCUGUCUUUAUAAACGGGAUUCCUCCACUGCUUCAAACAAACUCACCAUCCAUAGAGAAAUUGGAGCUCAAGCUUCGUGAAUCACUAAAGCUUCGACUAAGCAAUAUUCCAAAGCCUCCCCUUUACUCAUCACAUUAUAGGUCUAAAGUAGCUGUUCUUUUCUCGGGAGGCCUUGAUUGCACCAUACUCGCAAGACUAGCACACGAUAUCCUUCCCAUAGAUGAGCCAAUUGAUCUUCUUAAUGUAGCAUUUGAAAAUCCUAGAGUUACAGCUGCGGCUACUUCCUUAUCUUCCAAUCCAACAACUGCAUCACUGUCCAUAUAUGAAGCCUGCCCAGAUCGAAUAACGGGGCGAUCAUCCCACAUGGAGCUGCAAAAUAUCUGCCCCGAUAGGAUCUGGCGGUUUGUUGCCAUCAACAUUCCGUAUGCAGAAACGUUAAAUCAUCGAGAAAAGAUCAGACGCUUGAUGCGACCCCACAACACUGAGAUGGAUCUCUCCAUUGCCUGUGCCCUCUAUUUUGCAUCGCGUGGGAUAGGGGAAAUCACAAGCGAUACGGACGAACAUGCUAGCAUACUGUAUACAACAACUGCACGGGUUCUGCUCUCCGGACUGGGUGCCGACGAGGUUUUCGCGGGUUAUACAAGACAUGCAACUGCGUUCAACCGGCGUGGCUUCCAGGGGCUUGUGGACGAAAUUGCUUUGGAUGUUGGACGUCUGGGCAAACGAAAUCUGGGACGGGAUGAUCGUGUUAUCUGUCACUGGGGCCGUGAGGCCAGAUAUCCGUAUCUCGACGAGGACUUCUUAGCUUGGGCUCUUGCCUGCCCCGUUUGGGAGAAAUGUGGAUUUGGAGCGUUGCCCUUAAGUCUAGCUAGCGUUCCUAGCAAUAUGGAAGAAUUAGGAGGAGCGGAGCAGUCCUUAGAGCCCGGGAAAAGAUCUCUCCGGCUCCUCGCAUGGAAACUUGGUAUGGAAAAUGUUGCCCGUGAAAAGAAGAGAGCGAUACAAUUCGGAUCUCGAACCGCGAAGAUGGAAAGCGGGCGAAGCAAGGGAACUCAGAUCCUAGCGUGAAGUAUUCCGUACUCAUUUGUGGUUCGAGUCCAAAGCAUAUCAUUGGGUGCCGAAAAUCUAUACCCAUUUGUCUCCAAGCCGCAUGUCCCUCUGACAAGCCUUCCAACAUUGAGGCUACCAGGAAAUGAACGCAGCGAUGAUGACAAUAAACAGAUACUUCUGAUGGCUAGUUAUUCGCGGACAGAAAACCAUAUCUCUGCUUGGCCCAUGCCUUUGCUGAGACAUAGUGUUUUCUGCGGUGAAUUUGCUUGAUGCAACAUUAAAAGGCAAGUCUGAGCUGUGUUCUUUUAUAAGUUUUGUGAUGCUGUGCAGCUUGCACUGCUACAUACCAGAUGGCCUUUCUGCGAUGGAAGGUUUUUUCCACGCACUAAGGAUCAGUGCUCUUCCAAUUUAAGCUGAGAAUGGUAUCACGGUGUGAUACUGCGCGGGAAAGGGCGCGGGGUUGCUCUCUUCAUCGGGAGUCAAGUACAUAACAAAAGUUCAAUAGUUAUUACUAUGAAUCUAUUCCUAUAUUCACACCAUUCAUAACCUAUCCUAUCUAGAUUUACCUGUGAUCUUUAACAAAUUUCUUU